AUGAACGUCAUCGGCCAGCUACUGGCGUCGCACUACGAGUACGCCCACCAUGUCCUCCUCGACCCACCCGCCAGGCUCGCUCGUGGCUACCUCUUUCAUGCCUCAGGCGUAGCAACCCUGGCCACAACACUAGGCUGGUUACUUGUCUUCAUCAUCGGCUGUCAUGUCACUCUGCCCAACUCAAGCCCAACUGUUUCAAUGCUGCGCCUCUUUGCCCUCCCCUGGAUCGUCGCCGUCUCCGUCACCUGCGCGCUAGAUCGAGAGAGGUUCAGCCUCGGUGGCGACUUCCGUGACGUGGCUAUCCCAUCGGCUAUCUGGCUCGUGUUGGCAGAAGCCAUCAAGGUGUGCUUGGUGACCAUUUGGGACGGCGACAAAGAGAGGGCUCCGAGGUGGAUCGUACCGGAGAGUCAGGCGCACAAGUGGGAGGGCGCAGUCAAGAUCGAGGACGACGAGCAGCAAUCUCAGCAGGGUAAUGGCAAGCUCCAGAAGCCUCACGCAACCGUUGCACGACGCUUCGAUCUGCCUGCGACGUGGUACAUCGUUCCUCAUCCUCCCCUACUCUCCUUUCGCCGUCUCGUCUGGGCGCUCGACAACUUCGCUAUGCGUCGACCAGGCACCUCUCUCCUCUUUCCCGGCGAGCAGCGAGCAAUGGAAUGGGCAUACAAGCCCAUGAUUCGCUCAGCCGCCGUCUACGAGCGUGCCGCGGCAGCAGGCGACGCAAAGGAGGCUGCUCGGAUCAGAGAGAGCGCCCCCAUUUGGUUCGGCCAGCUCGAGUACGGCUGGCUCGGCGUCCUCAUACAAGCUGCCAUGCUCUACGGCGCGACACGAUUCAUCUUCUACCUCGACUUGAAAGCCAGCAAGGGGCCGUAUGACUUCUAUUCUCUUCCCCUCGUCCACCAAUACGCUCUCACCUUCUCACUCGGCGCUCUCGUCGCAUUCACCUUCUCGCCCCUCGAGUACAUUCUCGGCCCGCUUCUCUAUGCUCUGCGCUUCCCAGCUACGGCUCUCAUCCCAGCAUUUCAGCGACCUAUGGUAGCGAGCGGGCCGACGGACUUCUGGAGCCGGCGAUGGCAUCAAUUCUUGCGAAAGGACUUCACGACGUUGGCCAAGCUCUUACCGGGAAGCAGAGAGAGCAAGACUUUGUUGGCGUUGUGGACGUUCAGCGUGAGCGCGAUGGAACAUAGCCUCGUAUUUUCGCGCUUCAAGGCCACUCCACCGACGAUGGGUCACGCCUUCUGGCUUCUCCUCAAUCCGUCCCUCCAAGGCUUCUUCGUCUCGCAAGGUCUCCUCAUCCUCCUAGAGCAGGCCCUGCUCGGCAGACCCAAGCCACGAGAGCGCCUCAGGAUCCGCGUCGUCCGUCGCAGCCUUCUGUGGAUCGGUCUGUUGACCACUGGCCGAUGGGUCGCGGGCUUCCUCGUCUCGCUCGGCGUCCUGGAUCCUACAGAGGUCGGUGCCAUGUUUAAGGUUGCUUCGGUGUGGGACGACAUCCAGCGGGAGCGCCGCAUUGAGCUCUGA